AUGAUUUUCCUGAUUUUCCAUCCUUUGCAAGGGAGUCAGCACGGAAAAUCCAAAAUUUUGUUUUUAUUGACCAUGUUAAGGAAUCAUAUUUAAACAAGGAAGAUAUAGUUGAUCUUUUAGAAAAGCAUAUAAAAUACAAUUUAAUAAAAGAAUAA